AUGGCUAAGCGCGAUUCAUACACAGACCUCCUUAUUAUCGGCGCUGGACCAGCAGGCCUCAUGGCCGCUUGCUGGGCCUCGCAGUAUGCAAUUACAACCCGACUUAUCGAUUUGAAGAGCGAGCGAACAGCUGCUGGACACGCAGAUGGAAUUAAUAGUCGGACUAUGGAAAUUCUUGACAGUUUCGGACUUGCGGAUACAGUGCUGCGUCAGGCGGCUGGCAAUAUGGAUGCGGCGUAUUGGGGACCCAAUGAGAAGACGGGGAAUAUUCGACGGAUAAAACACCAGCCAUCGCAAACACAGGAACUUUCUCGUUUCGAUCAGAUGUUGCUGAAUCAGGGUGCCAUUGAGCAGAUCUUGAUUGAUUAUCUCGUCUCUAAGGGACGUGUACAUGUGGAGAGAGAGCGCAAGGCUGAGGAAUUGGAGUUACCUUGUCAUUCGGACAAGAAGAGUGAUGAGGAAUAUCCUGUCCAUGUUCGUGUGGUAUCUGUCAACGGCGACGAUGGCCAACCCGAUAAUGCUGAAGUCAUUCACGCACGAUACGUGAUCGCCUGCGAUGGCACGCGUAGCUGGACCAGCGCACAGUUAAAGAUCGAUUCGGACGUAUGGAAAACGGAGUCAACGUGGGGUGUGAUGGACAUUGUUCCAGAAACGGAUUUUCCCGAUAUCCAGCGAGCUUGUGCGAUUCAAGCUGGUGACGGUUUAAGCAUGAUGGUGGUGCCUAGGGAGAAUAACCUAGUUCGAUUCUACUUACAUCUGAAUGGUGGCGAGGAAAGAAGCCCAAAUGGGCCCGAUAAAUCAGAAGGAUCUUUAGAAGACUUGAUGGACAUGGCUGAGAAGACACUCAAGCCAUACAAAUUGUCUUACAAGUACUGUGACUGGUGGUCUAUUUAUCCGAUAGGGCGACGACUGAUCAAGCAAUACCGGAGUGACCGCAUAUUCUUCGCGGGUGACGCUGCCCAUACACACUCACCAAAGGGCGGGCAAGGCUUGAAUAUCUCAAUGCAGGACACAUACAACCUGGUAUGGAAGGUCGCAGCCGUCAUCAGUGGAAGUGUAGACCCGGCAAUCCUAGAAACCUACCAGUCGGAGCGGCGCCCAGAGGCCGAGCAGUUGAUGGAAUUCGACACCCGCCUUGUGUACGCUUACGAAGAAGGAAGUACGGAAGAUGACAGCGAGGAUGGAGUAGAAGCGGUCCGCGACAAGUAUGCCGGCUUCAUGGCAGGCGUGGCAGUGACAUAUCCCCCUAGCAUCCUUGUCGAUGAAAGUGAAAGCAAUGCGGCUGUCACCCGAAAUGUUCAGCUCGGCAAGCGGCUGCCCUCAUACUUGAUAGUCGGUCAGGAAGACGGCUCUGUCGUUCAUCUAGCCAAGAAACUGAAUAGUAAUGGGUGCUGGAGGUUACUAAUUUUCCCGGGAGACUUGCACCAUCCUGGCGUUUUGGAUCGGCUAUCGGUGUUUGCGAAGGAUCUCAGUGGGCGCAUUAAUAACCACCUUAUCCCACAGUCGACAAAUAACUCGGAAUUUCUGGAGACUCUAUUGAUUCAUUCCAGCCCAAGAGCGUCCGUUAACCAGUCACAACAUCUUGGGGCAUUUCAUCAAUUCGAUACAGAGCUCGGAUGCGACCAUACAAAAGUAUUCGUUGAUGAUCCGUCCUGUGAUGGAGAUACAGGACAGGCGUACGAGCAGUACGGCAUCGACAAGCAAAGAGGCUGUCUCAUUGUUUGCCGACCGGAUCAGCAUGUUGGCUGGAUUGGGGCUAUAGAAGAUGCAGAGGGUCUAGAAAAGUACUUCUCUAAGUUUUUAUUUAAUAAGGGAAGGACAUGA